AACACAUGGCUAAGGCAGUGGAGAAAUGUAAAUGUCUGGUUUUAUGUAUAUGACGUGUGAACGGUUUUAGAUGUUAAUCUCUGACAUACUGCAAAAUAUUUGUUAGGGCGUUGAAAACCAACUUGCAAGUUGCAGAAUCAAGUGAUUCAAACAAAUAUCUUGUGUCGGCUCUGAGCAUACAUGCACAACAGCCAUGAGCAGAAAGCAGUUAGAUGAGGUAAUACCCUUCCUGUCACACAAGUCAAGGGGGGAUGUAAAGGCAAUAGCCAUAGACUAUGUGACAGGUCUUACAGGGACAUCAGAAGGGAGAACUCUACUGUGUAGCCGAGACGUGUACUUGGAGGCAGUUGCAGGUUUACUGCAAGAUGACAUCCAAAGCAUAUCAAAACAGGCAUACAAAGCCCUGGUGAAUCUAACUGCAGAAGAUUUGGUGUGUCCGAAGCUGCUGUCUCUGAAGACAAAACCCAAUCUUCUUCAGGAGCUUAUGAAAUAUGUUUGUAAUCCUGAAAGUGAACUUGCUGACGAAGCAUGUAUGUUGUUAAGCAAUUUGUCCAGACCAUUAGAUUGUGCCAAGAAAAUGGUGGAAGUGAUUCAGAAGGAAAAGGAGACACUUGGGUUUGACAAACUAAUACAGGUCUUCUGUACUGAGGGAUACAACCCCAAAGCAAAACUACAUCAUCUGGGUCCAUUCCUGUGUAAUCUGACCCAGAUUCCCGAGGCUCGCCAGUUCAUUCUCAAUAAAGAUGGCUGUGUCAUCCAGAGACUGCUUCCAUACACGCAGUAUCCUGAGUCGGUAGUUAGACGCAGAGGAAUUGUAGCUACACUUAAAAAUUGCAGUUUUGAAACUGAUAAUCACCAGUGGUUGUUAAGUCCUCAAGUAGAUCUCCUCCCCCACCUUCUCCUCCCCCUGGCUGGUCCAGAGGAGUUUGAUGAGGAGGACAAUGACAAGUUACCAGUGGAGCUGCAGUACCUGGAACCCACCAAGACCAGAGAACCAGAGCCAGAUAUCAGGGUCAUGUUAAUAGAGGCUGUCCACCAGCUCUGUGCAACAAAAGAAGGCAGGGAGUACCUUAAAGACAAAAAUGCAUACAUCAUACUGCGGGAAUUACACAACUGUGAAAAGAAUGAAGCAGUUAUAGAAGCUUGUGAAGAUGUAGUAUCUAUACUGAUUGGUGAUGAGCCAGCACCAGAGCAUGCAAACCUCAAAGAAGUUGAAAUUCCAGCAGACAUUCAAGAAAAAUUGAAUAAAGCUAGCAGAGUUGCAAAGGAUGCAGGGGGAGAUGCAAAGGACGGCUAAUUUUUUAAAAUUUCUCUUGUAGGGAAGAGGAAUGUCUUUCCUUUCAACUCAAAGAAAUGGGUGCAUGCAGUGCAAUUUAAACAACUUUCUACAUGGGGCAUGCAGGUGAAAUGUGGAAAUGCAGAUGUUGGGAAAUAUUGACCCUCUGCAGGAGUUUAUUGAUAUCUUUCUUUACCCGAUACAUGCCACAGUAGCAUGAUCUAUUCACAGCAGAGUGAUCCAUUUAUUUGAUGCCUUAAAAAUAUAUCAAGUACGGAUUUUUUUCAGUGGUGCUCAAUUAAAAAACUUCUGUGUAUUUCUUUUGUUCAAAGUUUCAUAAGUCAAAGUCUGCAAACUUUAAUGGUUUUUAUACAGAGUAAUUAUUUAUUUAGGUCAACUAUAUAUAUUGAUUAUUAAAGAAAUUUUUCAAGUUUUGCAGUGAUCUUCUAACUGCAAGGUACACAUUUUGUGCCUGGCUUUGAGCAGAGGGGAACUGCAAACCAGUCUGAAGGGGAUGGAAGCAGUUUUAUAAAAAAUAACAAAUGCAACUGGCAGUUUUAUUAUAUUU